UAAACAAAAUGUGAAUCCGGCAUGGAAGAAGUCUGUGACAACUGCAGUCUAUACAUAGACGAGAAUGCAACUCUAUGGAACAGCACCCAAAACGUCACGAUCAACAAGUUUUAUUUCUAUCAGACAGCGCAACUCGCAGUUCUAUGGGUACUUUUGGUGGCAAUCGUCGCUGGCAACACGACAGUCAUUCUUGCUCUUCUCCUCACAAAGACCAGGAAAAGUCGGAUGAACUUCUUCAUCAUGAAUUUGGCUAUAGCUGAUCUGUGGGUGGGCCUUAUCAGUGUUUUGCCCGAUUUAAUACAACGGGUAACAAUUUCAUGGUUCGGUGGCUCCAUAGCGUGUAAAUUAAUGAAAUACUUACAGGGUGUAGUAACGUAUUCAUCAACGUAUGUACUGGUCGCGCUAAGCGUUGACCGAUGUGAUGCUAUCACGCAUCCUAUGAACUUCACAGGAAGUUGGCGUCGUGCGAGAGCGUUGAUUUGCGGAGCUUGGCUUCUUAGUUUCUUAUUUUGUAUACCAAUGCUUAUAUUGUUCGACGAAGCUGAUAUACAAGGCACGCUGCAAUGUUGGUCUGGCAUCAACCAAACACAAUGGCGUAUAUGGAUGACAAGUGUCUUCAUGUCACUGUUUGUUGCGCCGGCGCUGAUAAUAUCGGCGUGUUACGGCGUUAUCGUCGUUACGAUACGACAAAAAAGUCGUCGUGUGCUUGGUAAAAGAACUGCUACACGCCAAUAUAGUGAUGAUUUGGACAGCAGACGUGCCAGCAGCCGCGGUAUAAUUCCAAAGGCCAAGAUUAAAACCGUUAAAAUGACGUUUGUUAUAGUUUUUGUAUUCGUUCUAUGCUGGUCGCCGUACAUGAUUUUCGACCUGUUGCAAGUAUACGGAUACGUCCCAGAUACACAGGCGAACAUCGCAAUCGCGUCAUUAAUUCAGAGCCUUGCACCACUCAAUUCAGCUGCAAACCCAGUCAUCUAUUUCAUAUUUUCUAACCGGAUAUUUCUUAGCCUAAGAAACAUUCCGCCUUAUAAGUGGGUGUGGUGUUUGAUGGCUCGCGGAGAUAGCCCGGCUGGAAAUGAGUCCCGUGCGCACACCGAGUUGCUUACGUCAUCCCACCGGCGCACAAGACAUGAUCUUACUAUUCGGGUAAAGGACGACAGCAUCAAAUAUCCAAACCAGCGUCUUCAAACUACCAAUUCCCGCAAAGUUAGGCUUAACUUGCCCGAUCAAAUACAAAUUAACAACAACUGUCAUCAGGCAUUACGCCGUCGGGACGACACCUUUCUCUAAAGAAAACGAAAACAUAUAUUUGCUUUUCGUACAGAAUUUUACCCACAGAUUAGAGACAUCCCUGUGUUGUGGAUAAUUGGAUACUCCCACAGAUCAAAUAGACAUAUAAAAUUUGUUAAUUUUUAUAAUUUUCAAGGAUUUUUUAGUCAAGGCUCUUGCAUUUUUUCAUAUUUAAUUUGAUUUUUAUUCCUCUGGCAUUAAGAGUGUCCAUGGGCGGCGGUAUAACUUUACACCAGGUAAGCCUCCUUCCGUUUGCCCCCUGUUCUAUAUAAAAAAAACUUGAUAAUGCUCGUUUCUGAUCUUAGACGUUUAAUCUACACAUUUAACACAUAUGUAUUAGAUUCAUGUGUGUUUAUUAAUUUAAUUACCAUCAGAAACUAUUUAUGUACAGCGUUGUAUAUAUAGAUAUAAAGUAUAUAUUUCUGAAGUUACCAUAUAUUAUUAUAGAGAAAUAAAUCACAUCAAAAUUGACGAAAAUUAUACUUUAUUAUGGAAAAUUGCGGCUAUGUAAACAAAUUAUAUUUGUUACCAGAUUAUGAUCUCAAUAACUAGGCAAUCCAUUCUUACUUAUAUA